AUGUCGAGAAUUAUUCCAGUGGCAGAUGGCUUCCAACGUGCAAAUUCUGGAGAUGCUCAAGUGACGACUCCACCAGUAACACCUGCUCCAUUCACUCAACAACCGGCGUUCCAACAGACUUUCCGGCCAAUUCCAGCGCGACCACGCCAACGAAUCAUUGCUCAACAGCCACAAUCUGUAUUCAACAACCGGCAGAACGUCUUCAUCUCCAGGAGACGUGGACAAAGCAACAGCUUCUCUGCGAAUAGACAGAAUGUAUUCCAGCAACCACAGCAAUCAUUUGGAGGUGGUGGACAAUGCGUUGAUCGCGAUCCACAAGGAAGGUGUUCUCAAUGGCGUCAAUUCUGUACGGCUCCAUCUCAUCAGCAGUAUCUAACGGCGUUCUGUGCGAGAACAUGUGGAUUGUGCCGUCGUCACUAA